GACUCCUGUGGCGGCAAACUCUCAAGGUUUACUGGCUCUUCCGGUUGCUCUUUUAGAAUUCAAUUUUCUCUCUCGGUCGUCGUCCUUUCCUUUCCUAUUAUUCUCUCUCCUUUCGACCUUGGCUUUUCAUAUUUUCUCUCGCUUUGAUUCUCCGUUUUCGGUUUGUUUCUGAUUCUCGCGGAAGAGUCGCCUCUCGGUCCCGUUCCUCAAAGGCGAUUGUAACGAUGAAGGGUCCCAAGGGCAAGGGGACUGCUAGGAACACUAGGGAAACUUUGAAGCCCGUGGAUGACAGCUGUUACAGGAAUAUUGUAGUGAUGUGUCAUGUAUAUUUGGCUUUUCAGAAAGGUUGGGAAGCGAAAGGCCGUAGCAAAGGCUGACAAGAGUAGCAAACGUCAGCCCAAGAAGCAGAGAGAUGCCAAGAAAGACCCUAAUAAACCUAAACGGCCUCCUAGUGCUUUCUUUGUAUUCCUUGAGGAGUUCAGGAAGGACUUCAAGAAAGAACACCCUGAUAUUAAAGCUGUUUCAGCUGUUGGGAAAGCUGGAGGGGAGCAGUGGAAAUCCUUGUCUGCUGCUGAAAAAGCUCCAUUUGAAGCCAAGGCUUCAAAAAAGAAGUCCGAGUAUGAAAAGCUUAUGAAGGCCUACAACAAGAAGCAGGAUAGUGCGAUAGAUGAUGGUGAAGAGGAGUCAGACAAGUCAAAAUCUGAAGUUCAUGAUGAAGAUGGUGUAGCAAGUGCAGAGGAGGAGGAGGAGGAGGAAGAGGAUGAGGAGGAUGAUGAUGAGGACUGAAAUAGGAUGCUUUGUGACUCGGGCAUAAUGGUUGAUUGAUUUAGUGGGAAAGGAUUGUGGAUUGUGUUUAAACUCCUAGCUCACUUUUGGUGCUCCUUGAAACAGCAAACACUUUUGGGUGCUGCUACCACUUUCCUAUUUAGUCUGUCUUGUAUGCUCAGAAGGAGCUUUCCUAAUUUGGUUAAUAAUAGUUUUGGUUCCUUUGGUA